GAUUGUGCUUAUCUUUGUUCUACACGGACACCAUAGUGCGGCGCUCAUGGGAGAAACAGUUUUUUUUUUUUUUUUUAAUGAUUACUGUUUUUGCCUUUAUGUUUGCUAACAAUUUUGAAAGAAAUUCCAUUAUUUUGUACGGCUGAUCGGAGACAGGGCAGAUCGGGAUGAUGUCGGACCAUUUGGAAAUGACGGACUUGUACGAUCAAGCAUUGCUCGGAAUUCUACAGCACGUCGGCGACAUUCAGAGCUUUCUGCAUGUUUACUUCGGGUUUCUCUACAGAAAAACAGACUUUUUCAGACUGUUAGUCGGCCCCCAGGACAAGAUGGGCUUCCCACCGGGGGUCGCCGAGAAAAUGAUCCUGAAGACAUUUAAGACCUUUGAGCGAAUUGGCCUGCAGGAUCAUGAAAGGAGGAUGAAGGAAGUGGAGGAGAAGUUGAAAAAGGCAGCACAGGAGGAAGAGGCCAGAAGGGCAUUACCACCAGCUACCCAGGAAGUUGUGGUUGAAUCAAUGUCAGAAGAAGUGCCUACAGUGCAGUCAGAGGAAGAAUGCUCAGCACAGUCAGAAUCUCAAGAACAGCCCAGUCCUGCAGACGUGUCUACAGGUGACAAGGAAAGUGUCAGCGAGGAGUCACCUAAGGUUCCGGUUAAUGCUGCAGCUGGAAAUGACAACUUGGAGGGGGUUGAUUUGGAGAAAGUGCAGGCGAUGUUCCAGGCAAACCCUGACAGUUACAAUGGUGCUGUUAGAGAGAACUACGUCUGGUCUCAAGACUACACAGAUCUGGAGAUUAAGGUGCCCGUGCCAGUUACCAUUACUAAGGGUCGACAGGUGUCAGUAAAUCUCCAAAGCAGCUCAAUUCGUGUGGCUGUGCUGGAAGGAGGGAGUGAAAGGAUACUUAUGGAAGGCAAACUCGCUCACAAGAUCAACACUGAGAACUCACUCUGGAGUCUUGAGCCUGGCAAGUGCAUCCUGGUAAACUUGAAUAAAAAUGGAGAAUACUGGUGGCAAGCUGUACUAGAGGGUGAGCAGGCAAUUGACAUUAAUAAGAUCAACCGUGAGCGUUCCAUGGCUUCAGUGGACGAAGAAGAGCACGCAGUCCUGGACCGCCUUACCUUUGAUUACCAUCGUAAGCUGCAAGGCAAGCCACAGAGCCAUGAAAUGAAAGUGCAUGAAAUGUUGAAGAAAGGCUGGGAUGCAGAAGGUUCCCCAUUCAAAGGCCAACAGUUUGACCCCACCAUGUUUGACAUUUCCCCUGGAGCUGUGCAAUUCUGAUAGACGCUGAGACAGCAGUGAAAAUGCUGCCAGUCAGCUGCUUGUCUAAAAACUUCUGAUUUAUUAGGACUCCCAAGACCUCAUACAGGAGCUGUUCAGCUAACUGCAAGGCAAAUGCCAGAAUGCUCCAUUUUUAAGGCUUUUUAUGCUUGAUUGCACAUCACAUUGCUGAGAUUAACAGGGUUCUGUACUGAGAUUCUACACACAGCCAUUUUCUUGUCAUGUUCAAUACCUAAAAAUAUACAAAGCCAGGGAAAAGCUGAGGUGGAUACACAGUUAAUUUAUUGACGGAUUAAAAAAACAGUUGGUAUGUGAACGCGUUCAGAAACUGCCUUGUAAAGACGACUUGUGUUCUCUUCAACUGUAAGCUUUCAGUUCAGGUAUUGUAGGGCAGUGUGUUUUUAUGAGCGUGCAAACCAAGAAAGAUGCCUCUGAUGUGACCGCUGGCCAGAUGCAUGGAGUGCCUAAUGGUGACCACAGAUUUUACUGGUGACAUUCACUUCUGCCUUGUAAAUGCAACACGACUUCCUUGAAAGUCUUGGUAAAGGGAAAGCAGCACUUUGGAUUUUUUUUCCUUUUUUUUUAUUAACUAUUUGUGUGAUUUCUGUAGUGUCUGGGCUUGCAAAUACAUUUAUAUUGUGUUUUGGAGUGAGAUUUUAAUUAUGCUUCUCAGCCAGUUCUGUAUUUUCGUGACUUAUUUUAUUGAUACUUUGUUUUGCUAUUCAAGCAGCACUCCAGUACCUCAUGGAAAAUGAGGCUGAAUGUUUCAAAAAUAAUUUACCUGAAUUGUAACCUUAAUUAACAUUAUGAAAGUUAUUGUGUUUCAGUGCUCUCCGUACCUGGUCUGACUGGGAACAGGAUGCCUCCCACAGAAGCUGUUUGAAAUUCAAUGUGGUGGGAUUUAUUUAUAGCAGAUGGUGUUAAAUGCUGUUUUUAAACUUUUGUGUGUUUUAAGCAAAUUGGGGGCCUGACCUUCACAAUUGAGAACUGGCAAAAGUACGUCCUAGAGAGUGCACAACCACUGUGUGUUAUCACAAAAAUGAAAGAACAUAACAAAUAUUUAUCCACUUGUCUUGGUGAAAUUCUAGUGUACUAAAAUUUAAAGUAAAAGGAAAAAGAAAAUACAUUAUAUCUGUGAAAGCACGUUGGGCAAGUUUUUAUUUACAUGGUUGUUAGUAGAAUGGCUCAAAUGAGUGCAUUUGCAUGCACUUUAAUAACCUGCUUUUAAAAAUGUCAUAUAUAUCUUCUUGUUAGAGGAACUGGGAUAUUGAUCUCUUGAGAAACACACGUAAAUGAUUUUAUAGUUUGUUAGUCUGCAUAUUUCCUUGCUUUGCAUACACAUCCCACAGCCAUAGGUAGAAAACCGUGCAAUCAUCCACAAAGCUACAUUUUCGGAGGCAAAUGCUCGUAUAAUCACAUCAUUCCUUCUUUGGGUUGAAGUAAUCUGUCUCAGUAUUUCAGAAAUUGCUAAACUUACGUUGAUAAGCUGAACGUACAGUGCUAAGAUCAGCAGCAUAAUCUCACGAGACACAGGCUCCAUGCUUGUUUUUGGAAUCACGGCUACCGUUGAUGAUGUUUGAUUUCUCAUUAUGACAUUUUUAUUUCAUUGGAGUAUUUUGCUAAAGGUGAAACUUCAUGAGUGGACUAGUACAUGAGAACGGGGGGUUUAAGAAACAAGUUUUCUGCCUUAGCCGGAUUACUCAUUUUACCCGUUUUGUGUGUGCAUGUAACCACACUCAGUGAUACGGUUGCUGGGACUAGUAAUACUGCUUUCUUUUUUUUUUUUCCUCAUUUUAUUUGUUCACACAGGCAGCAAAAUAUACAGUGCAUUCACUCAAAAGCAUGACAGAGGCUAGGGCUCACGUCCUCCUUGUGUGGAGUUACCAUGUUCUCCCCAUGUACACAUGCAUUUCCUCCGGGUGCUCUGGUUUCCACCCACAGUCCAAAGACAUGCAGGUUAGGUGGACUGCUGAUGCUAGAUUGGCCCGUGCUGUGUGUUCACCCUGCAGUGUACUGGUGCUGUGUCCAGGGAUUAUUCCUGCCUUGUGCCUGAUGUGCAUUGGGAUGGGCUCCAGCUUCCCUGCAACCCUGCUCAGGAUUUAGUGGUUUGGAAGAUGAAAGAACCGAAGAAUUGGGGGAAUAGUAUUUGGCUUGUUAGGUUGAAUGGCCCGUUCUUGACUAAACUGUUGUUGAUGAACUUUAUAUCAGUUUCUGACCACAAGUGAUCUGCAGCAUGCAGGAACAGCUACAAGGAAAACCUGACUUUGUUGCCAAAACCAAAUGCUGUGUCUAGAGAUUUACUUGCAGGUGGUGUUCUUUUUUUUCAUUCUGUAGUCGAGAUCACUAAGGAAACAAAGAAAAUGAAUGCAGUUCUGCUUGAAAAAACACGGCACCUUCUAUGCAGUUUUUCACUUCGUCCAAUUCUAUCCCAAGUGAGCGUUGGACUGUCUCUUUCCAGAAGGAAAUUGCUCGAUUUUUGUGCUGUAUUUCGUCGUCUUCCCUGUUCCAGUUCAUUCUCAUAUGACACAUAAUCCUCUUUUCUUUUUUUUUUUUUUUAAUUGUGCCACCAGAUGAUAAUUCUAAUAAAAAUUAUGAUUGUGACAUUUAACGGAAAAAAGCUAAAUUCCUGAUUUAGAUCAAGCAAAUGAAUUUGUAAUUUACAGAAUUAUGAGAUUUUUUGACCUGAAGGGUAAAUUGGAGCAGGAAUAAAAAAUAAAAUAUUUUGUGUGUGAGAAGGCCAACUAGCAUAUCAGUCAGAGGUGCAGAAUUUGUCAAUUUGUGUUCAAUGUAUGCAAAAUUUCAUUAAAAAAAGAAAAGUAAGCAACUUGAAUAUAUCACUUGUAUCCAUAUCGUAUGAAAAGUCCAAAUAUAUUUAAACCAAUCUGUUGCAGUGAAUUUUCAAAAGUUUGGCUUUUUUUGAUUCUGUGUCCUGAAAAGAAUCUCCUCUCUGAUGCACUUCUUUUUAUCUGAGAGCGUCACACAUCACACCAUUGCUUUGCAGUGCUGGUGGUUUUGCUUUUAAUGCGAUGUUUCCAGUAUGGCCGAAUUCUGCACUAGCAAGUGACUUUUUUCAUCCUGAGCAGCCUGAACACUGGAAAUCCUGGAUAGCCAGUGCUUUAGUCGAAAGGGUAAUUCUCAUUAAGUUAAUAAAUAAUGCAGUGUUUUGAUUACAGCCACUUUUUAACGUUUUAUUACUUCUUCAAAUAAAUUGCAAUGCAUAUUUAACGUAGUUUCUGCAUUUUGUGAGUUUAAACAGGCAGUGAUUUCCUGACACCACACCUCUUUGUAACUAAAAUACAUUUUUCUGAAAUUUUCUUUUCUUUCCUGGGAGUAAAUACAUAAGGAGCAUGUUGGAGUGUCUGAGUUUAUAUUUCAAAUUUCAUCAUUAGUAAAAGUGAGUUCAAGUAAA